UCGACAAACAGUAACUAACUCCACGGACCGACCGACCCGCCACCACGGCGAGAGAGUCCCCCCCCCCCUCCCCGUCCCCGAGUCACCGCAGUUUGUGGCCGCACUCGAGCGCAGGAGAGCCGCGGCAGUCGUCGCUCCACGGAGGGCGUUGAAGAUGGCGGUGUGGAUCCAGGCCCAGCAGCUCCAGGGCGACGCUCUCCACCAGAUGCAAUCGCUGUACGGUCAGCACUUCCCCAUCGAAGUGCGGCAUUACCUGUCACAGUGGAUCGAGGGCCAGCUCUGGGAUAACAUCGACUUGGAGAACCCGCAGGAGGAGUUCAAGGCCAAGCGCUUGCUGGACGGCCUGAUCCAAGAGCUGCAGAGCAAGGCGGAGCACCAGGUCGGCGAGGACGGCUUCCUGCUCAAAAUCAAACUGGGACACUAUGCGAGCCAACUCAAGAGCACGUAUGACCGAUGUCCUCUGGAGCUGGUGCGCUGCAUCAAACACAUCCUCUACACGGAGCAGCGGCUGGUGCGGGAGGCCACCAACUCCACCUCUCCGGUGGGUGGAAUGUUGGACAGCAUGUCUCAGAAGUACCAGCAGAUCAACCAAGCCUUCGAGGAGCUCCGCCUGCUCACCCAGGACACGGAGAACGACCUGCGCAAGCUCCAGCACAAUCAGGAGUACUUCAUCAUCCAGUACCAGGAGAGCCUGCGCAUCCAGGCUCAGCUCUCCAGCCUGGCCACACUGCCCCCUGCUGACCGGCAGUUACGGGAACCCACUCUGGUGAGCAAAAGAGCCACCGUGGACGCGUGGCUGACGAGGGAGGCCAACACACUACAGAAGUACAGACUGGACCUGGCGGAGAAGCACCAGAAAACACUGCAGCUGCUGAGGAAGCAGCAGACCGUCAUCCUGGACGACGAGCUGAUCCAGUGGAAGCGACGGCAACAGCUGGCGGGGAACGGGGGCCCGCCGGAGGGGGGCAUGGACAUCCUCCAGUCCUGGUGCGAGAAGCUGGCGGAAACCAUCUGGCAGAACCGGCAGCAGAUCCGGAGAGCGGAGCACCUCAGACAGCAGCUGCCCAUCCCGGGUCCAAUUGAAGACCUCCUCAAUGAACUCAACAGCACUAUCACAGACAUCAUCUCAGCCUUGGUCACAAGCACCUUCAUCAUCGAGAAACAGCCCCCGCAGGUGCUCAAAACGCAGACCAAGUUCGCCGCCACGGUGCGCCUGCUGGUCGGCGGCAAGCUGAACGUGCACAUGAACCCGCCGCAAGUCAAGGCCACCAUCAUCAGCGAGCAGCAGGCCAAGGCGCUGCUGAAGAACGAGAACACCAGGAAUGACAGUAGUGGAGAUAUUCUCAACAACAACUGCGUGAUGGAGUACCACCAAACGACGGGCACGCUCAGCGCCCACUUCAGGAACAUGUCCUUGAAGAGGAUCAAGCGGUCAGACAGGAGAGGCGCCGAGUCGGUGACGGAGGAGAAAUUCACCAUUCUCUUUGAGUCCCAGUUCAGCGUCGGCGGCAAUGAGCUCGUCUUCCAAGUGAAGACGUUGUCGCUGCCUGUAGUGGUGAUAGUCCACGGGAGCCAAGACAAUAACGCCACGGCGACGGUGCUGUGGGACAACGCUUUCGCCGAGCCCGGCCGCGUGCCUUUCCUGGUGCCGGACAAAGUGAUGUGGCCUCAGCUGUGCGAGGCCAUCAACAUGAAGUACAAGGCGGAGGUGCAGAGCAACCGCGGCCUCUCCGAGGAGAACCUGGUCUUCCUCGCCCAGAAGGCCUUCGGCAACUCCAGCACUAGCGUCGAGGACGACCGCAACAUGACGAUGACCUGGUCACAGUUUAACAGAGAAAGCUUGCCCGGCAGGAACUUCACAUUUUGGCAAUGGUUCGACGGCGUGAUGGAGCUGACGAAGAAGCAUCUCAAGCCGCACUGGAACGACGGGGCCAUCCUGGGCUUUGUGAACAAGCAACAGGCUCAAGACAUGCUGAUGUCCAAGCCGAACGGCACAUUUCUCCUGCGCUUCAGCGACUCGGAAAUCGGAGGGGUUACCAUCGCCUGGGUGGCCGAAAACCCCAACAAAGCAGGCGAGCGAAUGGUGUGGAACCUCAUGCCCUACACAACCAAAGACUUCACGAUUCGCUCCUUGGCCGACCGCAUCAGCGAUCUCAACCACCUCCUCUUCCUCUACCCCGACAGGGCCAAGGACGACGUCUUCUCCAAGUAUUACACCCCUCCGCUCUCCAAGGCGGUGGACGGAUACGUGAAGCCGCAAAUCAAACAAGUGGUGCCUGAGUUUACAACAGCCAAUCCGGAUCCAGCAAGCGGGAACCCGACCUACAUGGAUCACGGCGCCUCUCCGGCACCCGUCAGUCACCCUCACACCUACGGCUUGUACCAACCGAUGAGCGAGUCCAUGCUGGACGCGGACGGGGACUUCGACCUGGACGACACCAUGGACGUGGCGCGGCACGUGGAGGAGCUGCUGCGGCGGCCCGUGGAGAGCCACUGGGGCAGCCAGCAGUCGACCAUGGCGGGGCUCCACGCUUCUUCCGAGCCGUCGGGACGUUUUGGGGACUUGAGCCGACCGACGCAAGCCUCCCUCGGCGGCGGCGGCGGUGCCGGCGGUGGCACCCGGCCUGACUCGGAAGGGUCGGCCGGCGCCGCCCGGGGCUUCGCAGCCCCGGCAGUGUACAGCAACGGCCGGUACCUGGAGCACGGCAGCCCGACGGUGGGCGCCCGCAGCCGGGAGCCGUCCGCGGAGAGGAGCCAGGGGGGAGCCAACACACCUUGCGGCAUCAUGAAGGAUGGGUCCAAGCAGAGGCAGGUGAGGAAAAAGACCGUCUCCUUCAGCUCCAUGCCCAGUGACCGCAAGAUCAACAGCACGGCGGCGUGCAUGGCUUUUAUGAUGGAGGGCUGCGAGAUGAAGAAAGUGCGCUCCAACUCGCGCAUGUACAACCGAUACUUUCUGCUGGAUCCGGACAUGCACUGGCUCCGCUGGGAGCCUUCCAAGAAAGACUCGGAGAAGGCGAAGCUCGAGAUCAAGAGCAUUAAAGAGGUGCGGUUAGGCAAGAAGACCCCGGUCCUUCGCAGCAAUGGUCUCUCUGAUCAGUUCCCAGAUGAAUGCGCCUUCUCGAUUAUCUACGGGGACAACUAUGAGUCACUGGAUUUGGUUGCCAGUACAGCCGACGUGGUCAGCACCUGGGUGAUGGGCCUGAGAUAUCUGGUAUCUUACGGCCGUCACUCCGUUGGCAUGUUAGAACCCAGCCAGCCGAGCGUAAGGACGUCUUGGAUCAGCUCAGUCUUUGAGCUCGCAGACAUGGAGAAAGACGGACACAUUGACCUUUUCAGGGCCACUCAAAUUAUCAAGGGGCUCAAUCCCGGAAUGAAAGAGGCGAUGAUAGAACUCAAGUUCAAAGAACUCCAGAAAGCUAAAGACCAAUACGGCGAGGCAAUUAACAUGGACACGUUUGUGGAGGCUUACUGUGAGCUCUGUACACGUCCGGAAAUUUUCUUCUUGCUGAUGCAGUUCUCCAGCAACAAGGAGUACUUGGACUGUAAAGACCUCAUGCUAUUUGUAGAGGUGGAGCAAGGUGUAGAAGGUGUUACAGAGGACAUGUGCAGGGAUAUGGUUCUAAAAUAUGAGCCAUCAGCCAAAGGCAGGGUAGGGAUUUACCUCUCCAUUGAUGGCUUUACACACUACCUCCUCUCCUCUGAGUGCCACAUCUUUGACCCGCAGCACAAACGUGUGUGCCAGGACAUGACGCAGCCCAUGUCCCACUACUACAUCAACUCUUCACAUAAUGCCUCCCUUCUGGAAGAUCACUUCUGGGGUUCGUCCGACAUCAGCAGCUACAUCCGUGUUCUGAGGAUGGGCUGUCGCAGCAUAGAGGUCAUCGUCUGGGAUGGUCCUGAUAACGAGCCGGUGGUUUACGUGGGGAGCUCCGUGGCCUCACAGCUCGCCUUCUCCAAGGUCGUGGAUAUCAUAAACCAAUACGCCUUUGAAAGCUCCGAGUAUCCCUUGAUUCUCUGUUUAGUGGCUCAUUGCUCGAUCCCUCAGCAGAGGGUUAUGGCCCAACACAUGAAAAAGAUUCUUGGGGACAAACUAUAUGUGGAGUCCCCCGACAAAGACGAAAACUACUUACCCUCUCCAGAGAAACUCAAAGGUAAAAUACUCCUCAAGGGUAAGAGCCUUGAGCUGGGCUGCACAGACCUCGAGGGUGACGUGACAGAGGAGGAAGAGGGUCUAGAAAUGUCCAGAAGAGUUGGAGUAGAUGACAGGGACCAGCUAAACGGCUUAGGUUGCAAAAAACUCCGUCUGUGCAAGGAGCUCUCCGAUCUUGUGUCACUCUGCAAAUCAGUCCAGUUCAGGGACUUUGAUACGUCAAAACGGGACCAAAAAUAUUGGGAGAUUUGCUCCUUCAAUGAGGUUGAUGCUAACAGGUUCGCCAACGAGUUUCCAGAGGAAUUUGUCUGCUACAACAAGCGCUUUCUGUCUAGAGUGUACCCCACCCCAAUGAGGAUUGAUGCCAGCAACAUGAACCCCCAAGAUUUCUGGAAGUGUGGCUGCCAGAUUGUGGCCAUGAACUACCAAACACCAGGACUGAUGAUGGACCUCAACCUUGGCUGGUUCAGACAAAAUGGCAACUGUGGAUACGUGUUGCGGCCGGCCAUCAUGAGGGAGGAGGUCUCCUAUUUCAGUGCCAAUGCUCGGGAUUCCCUGCCAGGGGUUUCCGCGCAGCUACUUCACAUAAAGGUCAUCAGCGGGCAGAACCUGCCUAAGCCCCGUGGCUCCGCGGCCAAGGGUGACGUGGUGGAGCCUUACAUAUACGUGGAAAUUCACGGCAUCCCUGCCGACUGCGCUGAGCAAAGAACCAAAACCGUGUCGCAAAAUGGGGACAACCCCAUUUUUGAUGAGAGUUUUGAAUUCCAGAUCAACUUGCCCGAACUGGCGGUCCUGCGCUUUGUGGUGCUGGAUGAUGACUACAUCGGAGACGAGUUCAUUGGCCAGUACACCAUCCCGUUCGAGUGCCUGCAGCCCGGCUACAGGCAUGUCCCCCUGCAGUCUCUGACAGGGGAGUUCCUACCCAACACCACACUCUUCGUCCACGUGGCCAUCACAAACAGACGAGGAGGAGGAAAAGCCCAUAAGAGAGGCAUUUCUGUCAGGAAAGGCCGGAAGGCCCGGGAAUACACCAACACUAAGACCACGGGGAUCAAAGUCGUGGACGAACUCUUCAGAGCAUCGACCCAACCCCUCAGAGAAGCCACAGACCUCAGAGAAAAUGUGCAGAAUGCCACGGUGUCCUUCAAGGAGCUCUGCGGGCUGACGCCGGCCGCCAACAUGAAGCAGUGCAUCUUGACCGUGUCCACCUGGCUGAUGAACAGCGAGCGCUCUCUGCGGGUGACGGUGGACCUGAGCGAGACCUACCCCGCCAUGGAGGCUGAGGGUCUGGUGCCCGAGCUGCUGCGCAAGGUGCUCAACGCCUACGACAUGAUGAUCCAAACCAGCAGAACCCUGAUCGAGUCGGCUGACGUGGUCUACUCCAAGCUUGUGCAAGCGCAGCGUGCAGGUCUGGACUUCCACGAGGACCUGCAUCGCAUCGGCGCAAAGGAGGGCCUGAAGGGUCGCAAACUUCAGAAGGCCAUGGAGAGCUACGCCUGGAACAUCACCGUCCUCAAGGGCCAGGCGGACCUGCUGAAGCACGCCAAGAGCGAGGCACUGGACACCCUGCGUCAGAUCCACUGCGCGGCUCAGUCCUGCGGCCUCAGUAAGAACGGAGCCUCCUCCCCGCAGCCGCAGCAUCACCCGCUCCAAAAUCAGGCCAAGUCCCCUCUGCAGCCCCCGCCGCCAUCCCCGUCACAAGCCCGACCCUGGACCGGACCCCAUUCCCCGCUCCCGCUGCUCCAAACUGUUCCCAAACCACCCGCUUACACGCCCCCGCCAGCACACUUCCAGUUCCGGCAUCGCAGGGCAGCCGGACCCCUGGACUCCAUAACGGAGAAGGAGGCGUUCGGCCAAGAUCCGGCGGGACCCUGCUGACCCGCGGCCUGUGCCCACGGAGACGAGCACCCGAGAGAGAGCGAAAAAGACGAACGGGAAGGUCCGCGAGCGACGCAGAAAGUGGCGAGCGCGAGAGAAGGCGAGAUGGAGGAUAGCGUGAAUCGGAUGAUGACGACGACGACGAUGAUGAGGACGAAGAGUCGUCGCGUUCGAAGCGAGACACAAGUGUGAAGGUCAGAUUUGGUGAGAGAGCAGAAGAAGAAGACGUACUGUAAAUGUGCUUUUCCCUGUCAUCGUCCACUCAAUUUAUUCACACUUCACAGCUUGACAGACGCAUAUAAAAGCCUCCCAUUAUUCGAAAGAGUUUCCCAGAUAAGCGGCAGAGAAAAAUGGUUGGAUGGAUGUUUUUAUCUGCUUUUUUUUUUUUUUUUUUUAGCUGUCUCAUUUAUACAAGAUUCUACUAUAGACCUUUGUAAAUGGAACACAAGCUGAUCCUAGGUCAAUGCAUUUCUCCACUGGAAAUUAUGCAAAAGCAAGUGGUCCUAAACUGGAAUCGUGAGGCACUCCAUUACACUCAUUUCCGACAAUAACUAAACACGUACCCCUAUUUUUGUUUCUUAACCGACUUUUAAAUUGUGAGCGAUUUUCUGAUCUUUGAAUUCAAGUGUUAUUUUCUCAAUCCACUUGCAAUACUCUGCUUUUCUUCCAAUUGGCUAAAAUACACAUUUUUUAAAAUCCUGUGCUUGUGUGGACAUCGCCUUUCACAGCUUCAUGUUUAGCUCUGUCUUCUUCUGCUAGCUCCAAAGUUCUCUCUCGGGGUGACGUUCGUUUUCCACAGACCUCCACAGGUGUUCUAUUCUACUCUGUGGGUACAGGCUGCGUCUCGAGCCCACUUCCCUUUGGGGGUGGGUGACACUUUUCCCCUGCAUUUUUAUUUCUUUCCGCUUUUUAGACCUCCUCUGGCGAAGUUUACGUUCAUUUGUUUGGUCUGAGGGACACAUAGAACAAGCUGGAGUCAUUCCUCAGGAUUUUGGUUUUAACAUCUUGGACCCGCUUCACCCGACGACCACGACCAGAAGAUGUGACUCAACACAAAAUAUCGUGAAACUAGAUGUAAACUAUUUAAAAUGUAAGACGGGAUGAUACAAGAACUCUUGUAGAUAUGAAUGGUGGCUGUAAUACUAAUUGUU